AUGAGCGAUACACCUACGCAAGUCGCUAGGCAUGCGCGCCACGCCCAUGCCCAUGCCCCUACCACUUCUACUUCCACUUCGCCGCCUCCGAAAAAUAGAAUUUCCGAUGAUAUACUUGCCAAUCUCGGCCCGCGCAAUGUCGUCGAUGCCCUCAACACAGCCACCGGCGCCCUGAGGGCGUCGCUCGACAAAUUUUCCACUACCGAUCGAGAGUUUACUAUGCGAACCGCCCUUGCAUCGCAUGCCAUUUGGGUAUGGCUUGAGGAGCUACAGUCUUGGCCAUGGCCAUCUGGCUCAGGCUCGUCAGGUUUCGAGAUACCUAGCGAGGAGGAACGAAAAAACAGAUCGAUGCAGCUCUCCGUGCCCGAGGAGGGGGAUGACCAAUGGAUGGGAAGUCUGCUAGCUCGCGAUGUAGCAAAGUACGACCGGAGAGUGGCUGAUAUUCAGCGUGAUCUGUCCGAACUUGGUAUCGAGGAUAUCAAGACACACAUUCGUAUGAACCACAUCGAUGCCAUGUCCCGGCCAGGAACGCCACUUUCCGAAUUCAACGCAGCUGCGCAGCUCUCACGCUCCAGUUACAAUCGCAUGGAAGACCACACAGCUGUGAUCAUGACGAUUGUCAUGCAUGCGCUGCCUGUUCUGAACAACUUGAGACGCUUAUUGCAGACCUGGGAUUUACGCCUUUGCGCCUUACGCCGUGUCCCAACCCUACUACUUGCCCUGGAGGACGCCGAAGUUGCUCUGCAAUCUGCCUUCAAGGCUAUUUCCUUACAUACGAAAGAUACACCACAAAAGGACGAUGGUUCACCACAAGAUUCGACCCUUACAAGAGACACUUUCGACGUCAUGAAAAAGCACAUCGAGCAAUUGAUUGCGCGUCCGGGCCGAUCUCUUGAUUAUAUGCUCGAUUGCUUAGAAGGGUUAUCCGAUACUCUCCCCGGAGAUUGGUUGGACCGCAUGGAAGCCGUUGAGUCCAGUUAUAGUGACUGGGUGGUAGUCUGUGAGAAGAAGAUCCGGGAAACUGAGCGAAACACCCCUGCACAGCCAGAUCCACCACCGCAACCCACAGAACCUCCACGAUCGCCAUCACCAGUCAAACAAGACGCAGAAGCCAAGGAACCUGCUUCGCUUGGUGACACUCUGAUUGCCGACGAACCCGACAGUGAUGAUGACACUCCAAUCAACGCCAGCACGGGAGUUGUGCCGAUUCCAUUACUUUUGCCGCCCAAGAUAAUCAGAAGCGAUUCUUCUGAAGACAUCAACACAUCUAUGGAACCCACCAAGUCAAGAAUUCCCUCUGGAUUGUCCGAGGCUGAUACCAUUGUGCCCGGAUGGCACAAGAGGGACAGCUCAUCCGAGAGCGAACCUGAGAGUCCCCCAUCAUUUCUCCCAAUCGAAGAAGUCGAUGAAACUUGUGAGGAGGAGAAUGAUACUUUUGAUGGCACCAGGGACGUUCUGCCCAAUACUCCCAAAGCACCGAGACAGAGUAUCGAGGAGGAUUUCAACUCCCCAACGAUGUUUACUCGCACCCCCGAGACACCCGAAUACAACUACAGCUUCUCGCACGACUAUGAGCGAGAAAUCUCUCCCGAACUACCACCUCUUCGCCCUCUACCUCUACCCCGGCCAAGAAUCGACCCCUCGCGAACGCUUGCCGUUCGUUCAUCGAGCAUGAAUUUUGGUGCCUUGUCUAGCGACCCGCCUGAGAUAUCUGGCUCUCCCGAUCUGCCCAGAACUCGAAUUCGCGAAGCAGAGUAUAUUCAGGCAAGCCCACCUAGCUCUCCGCCGGAGGAAUCAAAGGGAACCUUGUCAGCGCCUCUCGGUAGUCCUUUCUUAGCACCAGACCGCAACGUUGACGACCUUGACAUUUCAACGAUGCACAUGGAGCAAAUAGACGAGUCCUACAAUGACGAGUUUGAUGACUCUUUCUCAAUCUCGGAGUAUCCGGCUCCUUUCGAACACCGAGGCAGUGCUGGUGACCAGCAUUUACAACAACAAAUCAGCCAUAUUAUCGACUCAAUACCUGCAAAGAUCAAGCUGACUACCGAGCCCAAGGUCAACCUGAACCCCCCAGACCUGCAGCUACCACGUGUCAGGAAGAGACCCUCCAUCGAGCCUUUUCGAAGAAGCACCUCGGGGCUUUCCUCUAACUCUAGGGCAGGCACGCCCUCAUUCACCCUUUCACCAGCGAAGAACACCAGGGUGCGAAACCGUGGACACUCAGAGAUUAAGGUCUACCACCUUUCUAGAUCGACUGGUGAAGCUCCAAUCAAGCUCUUCAUCCGCUGUGUUGGUGAGCAGGGAGAACGAGUUAUGGUUCGUGUGGGCGGUGGUUGGGCCGAUCUUGGUGAAUACCUCAAGGAAUAUGCCAGUCAUCACAAGCGACGAUCUGCUGCGACCAACGCCAAAGUAGAGGUCCUUCCAGAAUCACCCGGCUCUCGAAGAUCCAAUGUUGGAUCCAGUCCUGGGGGCCGUCCUCAGUCUGCGGUUGAGACGUCUCCCAUAUCCCCUCUAUCCGUCCGUAAGACGCGGCGGAGUAUUGGUGCCGUGGGGAGCGAAAUGCCAAAGAUGAGCUUCGGAACACCCGGAGAUGAAGGUCCCCCAGAAGUAUUCGGCCGAUCAAGAUCGAACUCUCACCUCAGCUGGAAGGAGGAUGAUAGUUCUUUCCUUGGACUUGCAGGACCUACUGGCAAGAAGGUUGAGAUGAGCGAAGAGAAUAAGGCUUGGGUCGCAAGCGUUAAGGAAAAGGUCAGAAUCGCUAGCAACGGUGAACGAAGAAUAUCAUCAUCGACCAGCCAGUUCGGAGAACUCGGUAAAGUCGGUGGUACAAAACGACUAUUCCUUAAGUCUGAAGACCGUCGAGAAUCCAAGGGAGGCCGGGAGUCGAGAGGAGGUCGCGAAUCGCGAGGAAGUGUCAGAUGA